CGGCCCCAUCCUCUCGCACUAUACUAGCGUCUCUGGACUGAAAGUCGCUGGCCCGGGAGGACCACCCAGAGGGGCAGCUUUGGGCCGCAGCCUAGUAACUCUGAGGCUUCCAGGUGGACACCAGAGGCUCAGAGCCUCGGAUCAGCAAGAAUCGAAGACACCCUUCAGUCACUUCCACUCAACCAGGGUCUGCCGGUGGCCGCCAUGGGGUCUGUGAGCUCCCGAAGUCACAAGGCGGAAGCCCAGGUGGUGAUGAUGGGCCUGGACUCAGCCGGCAAGACCACGCUCCUGUACAAACUGAAGGGCCACCAGCUGGUGGAGACCCUGCCCACCGUGGGUUUCAACGUGGAGCCUCUCGAGGCCCCCGGGCAGGUGCGCCUCACCCUCUGGGAUGUCGGGGGGCAGAGCCCGCUCAGGGCCAGCUGGAAGGACUACCUGGAGGGCACGGCCGUCCUCGUGUUCGUGCUGGACGGCACAGACGAGGCCCGCUUGCCCGAGGCGGUGGCUGAGCUCACGGAGGUCCUGGAGGACCCCCACCUGGACGGCGUCCCCCUCCUGGUGCUGGCCAACAAGCAGGACGCACCCCACACCCUGCCGCUGCCCAAGAUCCGAGACAGGCUGGGCCUGCGGAGGUUUCCGGGGCUCUGCUGGGAGCUGCGGGCCUGCAGUGCCCUCACCGGCGAGGGGCUGCCUGAGGCCCUGGGGACCCUGAGGCGUCUCCUGAGCUACCGCAGACCCCCGAGUCUCCAGACCCUCGGGCACCUGGGACCCCCUGGAGGUAUCUGCUGGUUUCUGUUCAUGGAAGCUCAUCUCCGCACGUGAUUUGUCCUGUUUUUAUUGUGAGCUCAUCUUCAGCAGGGUGUGCUUUUCCUGUGUGACUGCCUUGUGCUCUGGGUUGUGACAGGAUUUCUACACAGAGGGGUUUCCCAUUAGCUGUCUACUAGAUGCUGGGGCUUUCGAUUGUUUGAGACCAGAUAUUAUGUUAGUUUCUCUCCUUGGGGCUCACAGACCGCCCAGGCAGUAGCAAUCUGAACUCUCCACUCAUUCACAGCCCAGGCCCUCCCUGGAGAUGCAGUUUCUGACAGGCGACUGUUUUUCUUUGCAUUCAUAUCCCAAGAUAGACCAUUUGCUUCCACACGCCUGGCUGAGCUGGUGAGCAGACUUUUCCAAUCCCCUUUUAAGAGAGGGGUGCCACUUUAAUGCUCUUGCUCUUCUGUUGAGCUCAGAGCAAAAUUUUCUCCCCUCCAAACAAGAGUGAGGCCACAUCUCCCAUCCCCAUGCAGAUGCUAUGACCACAGACUGGUCCCUAGAAUCUAGGUUUGGCUUCUCUAAGAUGCUCCUGGACUCCAGGCUUCACUAAACUGCUUUGGCUAUAGGUUUCCCCCUUCAUUUCUGCCACUUGGAUUUCCCUUUUUUUUUUUAAUGUUCAAUGAUAGUCUAUAUUAAAACAUUAUUUCUGAAUAUAAGUUACCCGAAUACUUAUGACUCCGUAAGUAUUGGAAAUAGUGACAGACUUUAUUUUUAGGGGCUCCAAAAAUCACUGCAGAUGGUGACUACAACCGUGAAAUUAAAAGACCCUUGCUCCUUGGGAGAAAAGUUAUGACCAACCUAGACAGCAUAUUAAAAAGCAGAGAUGUUACUUUGUCAACAAAGGUCCGUCUAGUCCAAGCUAUGGUUUUUCCAGUAGUCACGUAUGGAUGUGAGAGUUGGACUAUAAAGAAAGCUGAGCCCCAAAGAAUUGAUGCUUUUGAACUGCAGUGUUGCAGAAGACUCUUGAGAGUCCCUUGGACUGCAAGGAGAUCCAACCAGUCCAUCCUAAAGGAGAUCAGUCUUGAAUAUUCAUUGGAAGGACUGAUGCUGAAGCUGAAACUCUAAUACUUUGGCCACCUAAUGUGAAGAAUUGACUCAUUUGAAAAGACCAUGAUGCUGGGAAAGAUUGAAGGCAGGAGGAAAAGGGGACAACAGAGGAUGAGAAUGGUUGGAUGGUAUCACUGACUCAGUGGACAUGAGUCUGAGUAAACUCUGGGAGUUGGUGAUGGACAGGGAGGCCUGGCGUGCUGCAGUUCAUGGGGUCACAAAGAGUCAGACACAACUGAGCGACUGAACUGAACUAUGACUCCAUAGUGGAAAAGGGUCCAUCUGCCGUGUCGCCAGGGUCCCAGGAAAGGCUGAGAGGAGACCAGGAUGGCCUAGGGCACACAGGUGGUGGCUGGCUUUGCCCUCUCCAGGUCUCCCAUCUUUCCCCCUGCUUCCAUUCCAACCACAGCGGCUCUGGAGGGAGGGUGGAACCCCAUCUUCUUUUAGAACCUUCCCUGAAGACCACAGGGUAGCUGGCCUUGCCCACUGGAAGCAAGAGUGGCAACAGGUCAACGCUGGCUGGUAGGACUGGGGAUUCUACUCUCCUGGCCGCUGGCAACUGGAAGGUGGGGCAGUCUGUGGCCAGUAGGAUGGCCUCAGCCCCUGCCUUCCCUCCUGAGUCACGCCAGAGCCCACCAGGGACAUGGAGGGGGCAGACAGAGGGGCUUCCCUCCUGCUCCUCUGCUCAGAUACACAUAUGGACAUAUACAUGUACUUACAUCACAGAGCUACAACACAGGGGACCUUAGGAAAAAACAAAUUGUGCCUUCUGUUUUAUUUUGUUGUUUAAAAGGUCUUCUCAUUAUGGGAGAGGUAUUUUGUGUGUUUCAAAUCACCCACACCUUUCAGAUCCAUCUGCCUUCCAUUAACCCAUGAGCAGGAGUAAGGAGGUGCAGGAGCUGAUGUGGCUGAAAAGCACAUGUCUAUUGCCUUCUUAUAUAUAAAUGAAUUUUUUCUUUUGGCAAACACUGUAUACAGUGAGGUUUAUUUCAUGUUGGAGAGCUGAUUACCCCCUUGAAUAUGGGUUGAGUUUCUCCCUCUCUGACUCACUGAUUUUUAUUUUAUUUAUUUAUUUAUGGCUGUGCUGGGACUUCCUUGCUGCGCAGGCUUCUCUCCAGUUGUGUGAGUGGGGGUCACCCUCUAGUUGCGGUGCACGGGCUUCUCUAGUUAUGGAACAUGGGCUCUAGAGCACAGGCUCAACGGUUGUGGCUUCGUUGCUCCAA